CUUUCGCGUUUAUGUUUGUCAAAACAAAAAUUAAAAUCAAAAAAUUUUUUAGCUAUUGUAUAAUUAGCGUUUAAUCAAAUCAAUAUCCACAAAAUGCAAUGUAAAUAAGUUCCCACUGUGUUUCUGUUCAUAUAUGUCUUCAUGUUGUUUCGCGUAAAGUAACCAAUUGCUGUCUGAACAAUCCUACCCCGUGUGAGCAAAAAAAAAUGGACUCAUUUAAGCUUAAUGCUCCGUGCACUUGUGCUGGCCACUAAACGUAAAAUAUUUAUUCGGAAAGCAGCAAAGAAACGAUAAUGCUGCAGUAUAAAAACGCGAACACAACUCUUGCCAGUGCGGUCAAUAACAACAACAAUGGGCAAACGAACUCUGCCACGCCCGCCGCCUCCGCCAAGGCAGCAAAUAGUGCGGGUGCCGUCACGAAUACGUCUACUUCUGCGCCCGCACCGCAAAUGCAACAGAUCAUAAACAUACAUCAGAUGCCGCCACAGUUUAUGCAGGCAGCGCAACUGCAGCAGGCUGGCGGCGCCACCACAGUGUCCGGCCUGCCGCAGAACAUGUUCCAGAUCGUGCAGCCCAUGGGCAUGCAAACGGUCAACAUUGACGGGCAGGAGGCCAUCUUUAUACCCAAUCUAAAUGCACAGCUGGCCACAGCUCAAGCCGUUAACAUAAAUGGCCAGCAGGCGUUCAUAACGCCCAACGGCCAGAUAGUGCGGGCGCCACAGGCGAUGCAAACACAUGAUCCCAACCAGACGCAGCUAUUCACCAUACCCGGCACUAACAUACAAAUACCUUUGGCGAAUAUUGUGCAGCAGCAGCCGCAACAGCAGCAGCACCAGCAACAACAACAACAACAGCAGCAGCAGCAGCAGCCUCAACAAUCCGCCACACCAGGACUCGCACAACAACAGCAGCAGCAACAGCAGCAGCAGCACAACCAGGCGACUGGUGCUGCGGCGGCGGGGCAAACAAUCACCAUUCCCGGCACCAACAUACAAAUACCCACCUCUGUGGCCGCCGCAAAUGGACUGCUGGGCAACAUAACGAAUCUGCUGGGCGGAGCGCCGACCACAAUUAAGCUGGAGAACGGACAGACGCUGCAGAAUAUACAAUUGCGAGCUGCAGCGCCCGGUUCCGGACAGCAAUUGCUGCAAUUUCCGCAGCCAGCGCCGGCGGCACCGACGCUGCAGCAAACGGUGGCCGUGCAGAUACCCGUGCAAACGGCCAACGGACAGACCAUCUACCAGACAGUACAUGUGCCCGUUCAAGCGGCUGCGGCGCCAUCGACACCGGCGCAGCCCACAUUGUCGAAUCUAACGCAAUCAAUCCAGGCGUUGCCCGCCUCCAUGCAACAGGCGGCUGCCCAAAUGCAGAUCAUACCACAGUUUGCACAAAUUGCCCAAAUUGUCACGCCCAACGGGCAAAUACAACAGGUUCAGUUGGCGCCGCUGAAUGCACUCAACUAUUCGCAGCUGCCGCCGAAUGCGAAUAUCAUACAUAUACAGAAUCCCCAGCAGCAUCAGCAGUUCGUGCAGUCGCAGCCCCAGCUACAGCAGCAGCAGCAACAGGCGCAACAACAGCAGCAGCAACAGCAACAGGCGCAACAACAGCAGCAACAACAGCAACAACAACAACAGCAGCAGCAGCAGCAACAACAGCAACAGGCGGCAGCAGCAGCAGCAGCUGUGCAACAACAGCAGCAACAGCUCUUCAAUGCCAUCAACGAAGCGGGCGGACAAUUGCCGGCAAAUCAGCCCAUAACCAUAACAAAUGCACAGGGGCAACAGUUGACGGUGAUACCCGCACAGCAGUUGCAACAGUUUCAACAGCUGCGGGCAAAUCAAAAUGCUGCAGCAGCUGCAAUGCAACUGCAAUCGGGCAAUCUGCAGGCGCUGCCCAUACAAAACAUACCCGGGCUGGGUCAGGUGCAGAUCAUACAGGCGAAUCAAUUGCCAGCGAAUAUGGCUGCCAACUUUCAGCAGGUGUUCUCUCAGCUGCCCAUGCCGAUGCAAACGACAACAACAACAAACGCUGUCGGCAAUCAGGCGCAGCAUGCGCAGAAUACACAAGCGCUGAGUAUGCUGCCCAAGCAGGAGCCACAGAGUCCCACGCAGUUGAUCACGAGCAUUAAACAGGAGCCGCCAGACGCGACCGUCUCGAAUACGGCGAACACCACGGUCCAGCAGCCACAACAGAUCAAGUUCAUUAUGCCACAGUCGCCACAGCAGCAGCAGCACCAGCAGCAUCAGCAACAACAGCAGCAGCAGCAUCUGAUUGCAGAUGGAAGCAGCAGCAACUGUCUCCCUGCCGUGACAAUACCAGCCUCCAUACAGAUAACCGCCUUACCGUCACCGGCGCCGCCGGCGACGGCACGCAGCACGCCCAAGCUGACCAUGACCAGCAUAGGCAGCAGCAGCAGCAAUACCAGCACACAGAUAACCAUGAGCUCGGCAGGGCAAAUGGUGGCGGUGACAACGCCAGCGCGUGCCAAGCAGCUGAAGCAAGCGACGCAGCCAGCGGCGGCGGCGACCAGCGUCAAUGUGAACAUCAAUGUGGGCGAGAGCAUGGUGCCGGAGAUUAAGCCGCGGUUGAAGCGCGUCGCCUGCACCUGUCCCAACUGCACCGAUGGCGAGAAGCAUUCGGAUCGCAAGCGUCAGCACAUCUGUCACAUACCCGGCUGCAGCAAGGUCUACGGCAAGACAUCCCAUCUGCGCGCCCAUUUGCGCUGGCAUACGGGCGAGCGUCCGUUUGUGUGCUCCUGGGUGUUUUGCGGCAAGCGUUUCACGCGCUCCGAUGAACUGCAGCGGCACCGACGCACGCACACGGGCGAGAAGCGUUUCCAGUGCCGCGAGUGCAACAAGAAGUUCAUGCGCAGCGAUCACCUGUCCAAGCACAUCAAGACGCACUUUAAGACGCGCUCGAGCGUUGACCUCAUCGAGCUAAACAUUAAGCAGGAGCCGAAGAUGAAUGCGCCCAAAAGUAUUAGCACCAUGAGCGGCAUUGUGACCAUCGAGAUACCGACGAGCGGUCCAGCGGCCAACGGCAGCGGCGCCUCCAGCGUGGCGGCAACAGUUGCGGGCUCAACUGUAACGUCAGCGCCGGGCGGUGCAACAAUUGUCCAGCUGCCCACGCUAAGCGGCGAUGAUGGCGUUGGCGGCGCCUCCACGGACAGUUUUGGCGAGGAUGACGAUCUGGACGAUGAGGAGCUGACCGAAGAGGAUGACGAGGAACUUACCGAGGAGGAUGAAGAGGACGACGAGGAGGAUAGCGGCGAUGAGGAGAAAAUGACCAUCUCGGUUAGCGAACUGGGCGAAAACUCAUCCAACUAGCAUUCGGAAUCGCUGUUCAUGGAACAGUUCAUCUUUGACCACUUCCCAUAGCCACAGCCUGCCCCCCUGGCAACGGGGCUGCCAAACGAAUUGCAACCUGUUCAGUUGAUACCAACCAUAGCCUGGCCCAACAAGUACGACUAGUAGGCUUAAUUGUAUUUAUGUAAUCUGUUUAUGUAAAUCUUUGUAUAUAGUUGAGUUGAGAAAUAAGUUAUCCUUCGGCUCGCCGAAGCACACAAAUCCUUGCAGAGGUCUUGAUAACAAAGCACGUAAUUUUAUUUCACAAUCAAUUACAGCCUCUUAAUUUUGUAUAUAGUUAUAUAUUUAUAAAAUUAAGCUGUACGAUUUUAUUUUAUCUUUAAGCUUGUAAAAUAUUUAUUCAAAAACUUAAAAAAAAAACAAAUUCAUAUCAUAAAUAUAACAAAACAUUUUACAAUUUGUUCGUAUAAAUGUUUUCACCAUAUUUAUUCGCCCAGUUCGAGCGUAACAAUAUCCACUGCAAGGGUAAAAUAAUUAUUUUUAUUUUAUAAAUGUAUAUUUUUGUAGCAUAAGUUUUUACGAUGCCAAUGCAUGCGAUUGGUCAAAAAGCGAACGAUUUAAAAACACACGCAAUUUUAACUAGCAUAUUAGCAUUAAAAAAAAGUAUAUAUAGAACGUUUUAAGGUAAUUUUUAUACUCAAAACGCACAAUAAAGUCGAACUAUGUAACAUA